AUGGCUUUAACUCAUAGAAAACUUGUUUCCUUUAUGAUCAUCACAUUUUUCCUUGUUAUAGAUCAUACAUCUGCCGAAUGGUUGAAUCAUGGUGGUGACAUCACAAGAAGGUCAGCUCCUGGAGAAAUUUUAAUCAGCCCAAGAACAAUAAACAGAUUGAAAUUAAGGUUGAAAUUCUUAGCCGGAUUCGACAUUACAGCAACCCCAGCAGUUGCAAAUGGAGUUGUUUACUUCCCAUCAUGGAAUGGGAAUCUGUAUGCAGUGAAUGCAAUAAAUGGAGGACUCAUAUGGCAACAGAAUCUUACAAGGCUCACUGGGCUGCCCCCAGUAAGAUCUGUGAAUGUGACAGUGUCAAGAGCAACACCAGUUGUGGCUAAUGAUCUUUUACUUGUGGGGAUUUAUGGACCUGCUGUUGUGAUUGUUGUGAGGAGGUUAACUGGAGCACUUGUUUGGUCCACUCUGCUUGAUCCAAGGCCUCUAGCUCUUAUCACUCAAUCAGGAACAGUUCUCUUGGGGUUAGUUUCGUACAAUGGUGGGCACCUCGGAGGCUAUUCCGGUGCAACUAUAUGGGGAAGCAGCCCAGCUAUUGACAUAGCCAGAGGACAUGUCUAUGUAGGAACUGAAAAUCUUUACUUAGCUCCACCAGAAGUGUUGAAAUGCCAAGAAGCUCAAAACAAUCGAACAACGUCACCAACUGUUCCUGAUCAGUGUUUUGGUAAAGAUAUUCAUUUUGAUUCAAUUCUUGCACUGGAUUUGAAUUCUGGAAAAAUUGCUUGGGCUACACAGCUUGGAGGCUACGACGUUUUCACUUUCGCAUGUUUGGUUCCUAAUAAUCCUGAUUGCCCACCCGGACCUAACAUGGAUGCUGAUUUCGGAGAGGCGCCAAUGAUGCUAACCAUAUUUUCAAAUGGAAGACUUUGCGAUGUUGUGGUGGCUGUGCAGAAAAGUGGCUUUGCUUGGGCGCUUGAUCGCAACAAUGGAAAUAUUGCUUGGGCGCUUGAUCGCAACAAUGGAAAUAUUGCUUGGGCGCUUGAUCACAACAAUGGAAAUAUUGCUUGGUUUAAGUAUUUUAAUUUGGUUUGUGAUGUAGAAAGCAGGACCGGGGAGCUUGGAGGGAGGAGGAAUAUGGGGGGUGCAGCCACAGAUGAACGGCGAGUUUACACGAACAUAGUCAAUGGAAACAGAGUACCUUUCGCACUGGCACCUACAACUCAAAACACAACAGCUGGUGGAUGGGUGGCAAUGGAUGCAAACACAGGCCAAAUCCUAUGGACCACUGCAAAUCCUAGCAACGAGACGUCCCCUGGGCCGGUCACCAUAGUUAAUGGAGUUCUCUUUGCAGGAUCAGUGGCACCUAAUGGACCUCUCUAUGCCAUGGAUGCCAGUAAUGGAAAAAUCUUGUGGACAUUUAACACUGGAGCUACUAUCUAUGGGGGUGCAUCAAUUAGUUAUGGUUGUGUCUAUAUUGGCCAUGGAUAUUUAGUUGGUCUAGCUAAGUUGUUCUAUCCAACUUGGACCAGCGGGACUUCACUCUUUGCCUUUAGCAUUGUGUGA